CUACCAAGAUGCUUCUAAUGUUGAGACCUGUGCUUUAUAACGACGUAAAACAUUAUCGUUUGGCAAUUUGGAGAAAUUUUACUAGAGUCCUGUCCAAGGAUGAUUGCAGAUCAAUGCGGAGCAGUGUAUAUUCGAGGUCGCUCUCAGACAGUGGACCUCCUUCACGAUGCUGUAUAUCCAUAUCGUCCUAUAGGACUGUUCUCUUCAGAGCAGAAGGACCAGCCUUUGCUGUCUUGGCUCACAGCGCUAGCCUCUUUGCUUUGAUUUUACUCUUCGAUUUGCUAAACCCCGGAUCAGUCAAGUCACAUUUGUUUGAACAAUCUCUUCAUCUCUGGUUUAGACCUCAUGCGAUGUCAUUCUUGAUCAAUUUGAUCAAUAUUUCUAGGCCAGUUCCCGCGAGCUCGCCAGGACCGUAUUAGCAGAAGGUCAUUUCAUUUUAUUUUAAUGCUGGACAGGAUUGGGAUGAUGAUACAUCAUGACCUUACAUCAAAGUAGCGAACAGAAGCAGACUUAAAUUCGGGCCGACACUACAGAUGAAUAAGCGUCUGGUCAUGGGUGGUUUCUGUGGGAACGUUGAGAGCCGAUGAUUAGUGAUAAACAUG